UGAUUAUUUAGAUCAGACGAUAAGAUUUUGACUAUUUAAAGACCUACAAUCGACUCCACAGGCAUCAGAAUUAACUGACAAGCAAUUCUGAUAUUUUCCAAAAUGUCCGUUGAAUUAAGCCAAGAAACUCAUCUUAAGGUGACAAAUGCCACCAAAACCGACAUUAUUGCAACUGCAGUAUCAGGAACAGACCCAUUUGAUUGGGAAAACAAGUUAGGUCCAGCUGGAAACUUCCAAGGAGUUAAGAUUCUUGCAGGACAAUCUGUAGAAAGAAGAGAAGAAGUGAACCGUUCGGCCUCCAAUUGCCCUUUCAAUAUGAAACUAAUUUUUAGCGACGGUACCAUCGAUGAUUACGGCAUUAAUCAAAAAUUUGCCAUUGGAAAAGCUAAGCCUGAUUUUCAUCAUACGGGACCCCAUCUUGUGAGCUAUGAUCAACAGAAUAAAUACGUUAUUAUUACUGUCCACGACCAAGCUAAAGAAGAAAAUUGAUUUGUAAUGAGUAGUCUUUGUAAAAGUGUAGAUAACUAAAUAAACAUAGUUCUGGCAUCAUAAACAUA